AUGCCAUCUUUAACUGUACCUAUCAUUAAUAAUAUUAAAAUGAAAAAUUCCGGUAGACGAAUUGUAAAACAUAAUACACCUACUUCUUCAUCAACAGGAAAAAUAGAAGCAGAAUUAAAGAUGCCAUUCAAAGUUCGCAUCUCAAAAUUUCGUCAUGUAUUUGGUUCACCAUAUCGUGAACAAGAUUGUUAUAAAAAUAUAGCUAUAACACGUAAUGCACAUGAUGGAAAUUUUUGUGCUGUUAAUUCAAAAUUUUUAGCAAUUGUUACUGAAACAAGUGGUGGUGGUAGUUUUCUUGUUUUACUGCUAUCUGAAGUUGGUCGUGUCGAUGUUGAUCAUCCACGUAUAACUGGUCAUCGUGGUCCAGUAGUUGAUCUUAAAUUUAAUCCAUUUAAUGAUAAUGAAAUAGCUUCAUGUUCAGAUGAUGGAACAGUUAAAGUAUGGUAUAUACCAAAUGAUGGUUUAAAAUCUGAUACAUAUCAAUGGAAAGUUGAUUUACAUGGACAUCAAAGACGUGUUGAUUAUAUUGAAUGGCAUCCAACAGUACAAAAUCUUAUAUUAAGUGCUGGACUUGAUCGUCAAGUUGUUUUAUGGAAUGUUGAAAAAGCUGAACCAAUACAAGUUUAUCGAUGCCAUUCAGAUGCUAUACAAUCAAUAGCAUGGAAUAGAAAUGGUUCAUUAUUUGCAACAACAUGUAAAGAUAAACAGAUACGUGUUAUUGAACCACGUACUGGUCGAAUUAUUGCAAAAGGAAUAGGUCAUCCAGGUCCAAAAACAUCAAAACUUGUUUUUUUAGGCGAUACAAAUCGUCUUUUAUCAACAGGUUUUGGAAAACAAUUUGAACGACAAAUAGCUAUUUGGAAUCUUAAUGAUUUAUCACAACCAUUAACAGUUGAAACAGUCGAUUUUAGUGCCGGUGCUCUUAUUCCAUAUUAUGAUCAUGAUACACGUACAGUUUAUUUAGCUGGAAAAGGUGAUGGAAAUAUUCGUUAUUAUGAAGUGAGUGAUCAAGGCGAACCAUAUUUAUAUUUUCUUUCUGAAUAUAAAUCUUCUACACCACAACGUUGUCUUGGUGUAAUGCCAAAAAUUGGACUUGAUGUAACACGUAAUGAAAUAACGCGUUUUUAUAAAUUAUAUGCUACUGGAUCUGUAUGUGAACCUAUUUCUAUGAUUGUCCCACGUAAAGCUGAAGCAUUUCAAUUAGAUAUUUAUCCAGAUACACCAGGUCCAUAUCCAGCAUUAUCACCUGAGGAAUGGAUGUCUGGUAUUGAUCGUGAUCCAAUACUUGUAUCAAUGAAAGAUCGUGUUGAAGGUACAAAUAUGCCAAAAAUUACAACAUAUCGAACACUUGAUUCAACAACAUCAACACCUAUUCUAUCUCAUCGUGGAACACCACAACGUACAAUACAACCACCUGUUGCAGAAGUUGCACCUACACCUAAACAAAAUCUUAUUGAUCAAUCACCACCAUCACCUGUAUCAAUUGAAAAAUUGACAAUAAAUUUACAACAACAACAACAACAACAAUCGAAUUCUAAAGGUUUAAGAAAAAUAGAAUCAUUAAAAGUACCAGCAACAAGUGCAGAAUUUAAUAAUGUUAGUGAUGAAGUUAUUUCUCCUCCACAGCCAUCACCACCACCAUUGCCACCAGAGCGUAAAAUCACUUCACCUCAACCAGUUGUUGUUACAUCAACAACUAUACCGAGUACAUCAUUGAAUCGUAAUCCUUCCAAAACACUUCGUUCUUCGUUUAAGCCUUUUCCAUCAGAAAAAAAAAUUAUUCAUGCACAAUCGACACCUGAUCUUUCAUCAUUGAUGUCAGAGAAUAAAAAUGAUGAUGAUACAUCAUCAUCACUUGAAAAUCUUUCGAAUACAUAUUCAUCAAUGAAUUUAUCUCAACAACGUCCAACUGGUUCAAUUCUUAAACGACCACGACCACCACCACCUCCAAUACCAUCACAAAUUCUUGAAGAACCUAUUUAUGUUUCAUCAGUUUCUGUACCAUUACAACAAACUGGUCCUCGAUCAGUUCAAUCAAUAAUUUAUGAUCGGAAUACAAAUACACCAGAUAGAGAUAAAUUUCAAAAUAAAAUUAGUCAACAACAACAACGACCAUCUCAAUCACCAAUACAUAAUAAUAAUCAAAAUCGACGUAAUGUUGAAGUUAAGAAAAAAGUAUGGAGUGUUGAUACAUCAGAUCAACAACCACAACAACAGCAAAUGUCACAUCAGACUAAUGCUAACGGACAUCAUUCAUCUGUUCAACAACCAGCAAAUGGAAUUGAUGUAUAUCGUCAAGCAUUUUUAAAACAACAAGAAGAAGUGCAAUCAUUACGUGAACUUAUGUUAUUAAAAGAUAAUCGAAUUCGUUUACUUGAAGAUGAAUUACGUUCAUUAAAAAAUAAAUAUGAAUAUAAAGAGAAGGACCUAAAAAGAUGA